AGGGAGUAGCAGAGGUGUAUAAAUUGUGCACCAAAUCUGUGUGAGACUGCAAAACCAACAGCUCAAGAUGUGGGCACUGGGAACGCUGCUGACAGUACUGCUACUACAGUAUGAUUCAAGUGGAGCAACUGACCCCACAUACCUGGUGGCAGUCACUUCUCAGGCAGUCAGCGGCACUACAGAAACUCUGUGUGCACAUAUCCAUGAGUCCAGUACAACCCUUUCUUUAGUGGUAACUUUGAGCUCAGAUGAUGGAAAUGUGACCAUUCUUAACGAGAAUUCCAUUAGAAGGGAUUACUACAAGUGUGUGCCUUUCCAGGUCCCUGUAGUGCUUGUAGACACUGUGGCAACUGUCUAUGUUAAAAUUGAAGGAGCUUCAACAUCGCUAAACAAAACAACUAGCAUUCUCAUAAAGCCUCCAAUGAAGCUCAUUCUCAUCCAAACAGACAAGCCAAUCUACAAGCCAGGAGAAACCGUCAAAUUUCGCAUCGUCUCUUUGGAUUCCAAUUUCUUGACUCACAAUCAGACGUUUCAAACAGUAGAACUCCGGGAUCCUAGAUCAAAUUACAUUGGUCAGUGGUUGAAUCAGACCACCAGGAAUGGCAUUUUAGAUCUGUACCACAGCAUGACACCUCAGGCCACUGAGGGCAACUACGUCAUCACUGCUUGGGAUGAGACGAACCAACAAACAACACACUACUUUGAAAUCAAAGGAUAUGUUCUGCCUAAAUUUGAAGUCAACGCAAAUCUUCCACCCGUUGUUACUCCUAUGAACAAAGAAUUCAUACUGAAGAUUUGUGCUCAAUACACCUAUGGGAAGGGCGUGCAGGGAUCUGUGGCUGCUAAAGUGUGUGGAACAAACUAUAAUUAUUACUGGUUUCGUCAAGCUACACCUAAAACAUGCAGAAACUACGUCAUAAAGACCGACAAGACCGGCUGUGCCUCUCAAGUAUUAAAUGUGACUGAAUAUCGCAUGAGUCCAGGAGGAUAUUUUCAGAUUAAUUACAAUGUAGAAGAGAAUGGAACAGGGAUUACUGUGGAGGGUUCAGCCGGAGUUUCUUAUAGCAGCGACGUUAUCACAGUUUCCUUUGUUGACGCAGCAGAUAUAUACAAGUCUGGGAUUGCCUAUGAGGGAAAGGUUCUGGUCACUGAUGUUAACAACAAACCACUGAAAGAUCAAAAAGUGUAUCUCAUAGUAAAUUACGAUUUCAAAAGUGUGAAUAUGACACUUACGACAGACAACAACGGCACAGCUCACUUCUCUUUAAACACGACAGUUUGGUCAAGUCAUCCUGUUUAUUUACAGGCUCGCCACGUAGAUGAAAAAUGCCAGUAUGGUUUCUGGACAGUAUCGAUAAAUUAUAACUCAGCCAGUCUUCCGUUAAGGCCGUUCUACUCCAAAAGCAAAAGUUUUCUGAAGUUCAUUUCGACUCCAAACCCAUUGAGCUGUGUGGGCGAUGCAAAUGUACAGGCCAGUUACAUCAUUCAGGGCAGUGCACUGAAACAAGAUGUUAACACACUGAAUAUCUUCUACAUGGUGUUUUCGAAAGGCAAAAUGACUCAAAAUGGCAAAGUGUCUGUCAACGUGCAGUUCAGAACAGAAAACAAAGGCAGUUUGACAUUCACAUUAAAAAACAUCAAAGCCCUGUCUCCAUUCGCCCAGGUAGUGGUGUACACAGUUCUUCCCAAUGGAGAAACAGUAGCAGACAGCUGGAACUUCCCCAUUGAACAAUGCUUGCCAAACAAGGUGUCCUUAAAUUUCUCAUCUUCCACGGCUCUGCCUAAAGACACAGCGACUCUAAACCUGAGAGCCCAGCCUGGUUCCCUUUGCUCCGUCAGGUCCAUUGAUCAGAGCGUUCUGCUUUUAAAACCAGAGGCUGAACUAAAUGCUGCCUUUGUUUUUGGAAUGUUACCAGUCCAAAUGUUGGGCGAUUACCCACACCUAGUCUGGGAAUAUAAUGAAGAUCCCUGUAUACCUGUAGACAUGGAUCCAAACAACACCCCAAUGGUGGCGAGGGAUAUACGUCCGCACUUUUAUAACAAUUUAAACGAUGCAUACAGUGCCUUCAAAGCAAUUGGAGUCAAAAUUGCUACCAACUCUGAUGUUAAAGAACCUGUUAACUGUUAUGAAUAUACUCCUAACAUGCCAGAUAUGAUUAUGAAUGUAGUCAGUGGUUCAGGCAGUGGUCAACCCGAUAUAAUACCAGUACAAAAUACAAUCCGCACGUUCUUUCCGGAAACUUGGAUAUGGGAUCUUGUGCCUGUGGGGAGUAACGGAUCCGUCACUCUUACAAAAACUGUUCCUGACACCAUCACUAAAUGGGCCACAGAUGCUUUCUGCACAUCUUCUGUUGGUUUUGGAGUGGCACCCAGCACUGCUCUCACUGCCUUUCAGCCAUUCUUCAUCAGCCUCGCGCUCCCCUACUCUGUUAUACGUGGAGAACAGCUCUUACUCAAAGCCACUGUAUUCAACUACCUCUCCAGAUGUAUUAUGGUGAAGGUCACACUGGAAAAUUCAGAUCAGUUCUCAGCUCUGCCUUGUAAUGGCUGCAAUUACACUCAAUGUAUUUGUGCAGAAGAAAGCAAAACCUUUGAGUGGACGGUUACAGCCGCUGUUCUGGGAGAGGUGAACGUGACUGUGAGAGCUGAGACCGUAAGGACUCAGGAACGUUGUGGGAAUGAGCCGGUGACAGUGCCGGAAGGACGCCGUAUUGACACUGUUGUGCAGACGUUUCUGGUCGAGGCGGAGGGAGUUAAACAGACAAUCACUCAGAAUGAGCUCCUCUGUUUAACAGGCAACCGAGUGAACCCAAAUGUCUCUCUUAAACUCCCUGAAGUUGUUGUCAGGGAUUCAGAAAAAAGCUUUGUUACUGUACUGGGUGAUCUGAUCAGUCAUGCUUUAAAAAACAUCGCUGAUCUGUUGAGGAUGCCUUACGGCUGUGGAGAGCAGAACAUGCUGAACUUUGCACCCAACAUUUACAUCCUUCAGUACUUGGAGAGCAGUGGACAGCUCACUCCUGAGAUUUUGGCACGAGCUAAAACCUAUCUGGAGACUGGCUACCAAACACAACUGACGUACAAACAUUAUGAUGGAUCUUACAGUGCUUUUGGGAACAGUGAUCCUUCUGGGCACACCUGGUUAACUGCAUAUGUGAUGAAGAUUUUCGGAGGGGCAAAGAAGUAUGUGUUUGUCGAUGAAACAAACAUUGAUCAGGCAAAGAAUUGGUUGGGUCAGCAACAGCAGAAGAGUGGGUGCUUUAAAACAGUGGGCAUCCUUCACCACAAUGAAAUGAUGGGUGGUGUCAGUGAUGAUCCCACUCUCACCGCAUACAUCGUUGCAGCUCUGCUAGAACUGGGUGUGAACAAAACUGAUCCCAUGGUGGAGCAAGGCCUUGUUUGUCUGAGUGAAGCUUCCAGGGACCUUAGCAACAUGUACUUCACUGCCCUGGCCUCCUAUACAUUCACUCUCGCUGGAGACCGUCGGAUGAGACAGAGACUCCUCUCCAAUUUGAACAAUCGAGUGAAGAGAGAAGGGGUUGGGCGAUAUUGGACUCAAAAUAGUGGGCAAAUGACAGGCUCUUUAGAGGUAGAGAUGAGUUCAUACGUGUUGUUGGCGCUUCUUUCUGGACCAACACUGCCAUCGUUUAAGCUGGACUAUUCUGCUACCAUAGUACGCUGGCUGGCCAAGAGGCAAAAUGCCUAUGGAGGUUUCUCCUCUUCUCAGGACACUGUUGUGGCCCUCCAGGCACUCGCUAAAUACAGUGCUAUCACCUACAGUCCAACAGGAACGGUUGUUGUCAAUGUGACCUCCCCCUCAAACCAGAAAUACAACUUUACUGUCAACCAGAGAAACCGACUGCUUUACCAGGAGAGACAGCUGCAGCCACCUACAGGAAACUUCACGAUCGCUGCACAAGGCCAGGGCUGUGUGUUUGUUCAGUUUGCCUUGCACUACAAUGUUCUUCCCUCUGCAAACUCCCUGGCCUUCAGCAUCAUAGCAAAUGCUACUUCAACUUGCAGGAGACAGUACUAUACUGUUACAUUAGCUUUAACAGUCAGGUAUAAUGGUCCACGAGAGGAGACAAACAUGGUGAUCAUUAAUGUGAAGCUGCUGUCUGGAUUUGUUCUGGAUAACUUGUCUCUACAAACUCUUCAGCAGGAUUCCAGAAUCAAACUUGUGGAGCAGAAUGAAGGACAUGUCAUCUUGUAUUUAGACGGGAUGAAAAAGGAGGAGGAGAAAUCCUUUAUAUUGACGCUUUGGCAGAGCGUAGUAGUGAAGAACCUGAAACCAGCUGUGGUGACUGUCUUCGAUUACUACAAGACUAGUGAAGGUGCUGUGAAGCAGUACACCUCCCCAUGUGUCAAUUAAUAUGUCCAUGAAAGUGCCGGCACUGGAGCAUUGAGAGUUCUUAUGCAGUGGUGCGACUGUUCAUUUCAUCAGACAUGCAAGAUCAAAGAUGGAAUAAAUACUGAUUAAUACUUAUGCUUGAUUUGUUCUUAUAUCUUCUGACUUUCUUAAAUAUCAGAAAUAUCACCAUAUACUCAUGGCACGCUAUUGUGUAGAUAAAUACUAAUAAUCAAAUGAUAAUGAUAAAUGAUAAUAAAAAAACAGAUUUAUAACCUCACAUGAUUCAGAUGAUUGCAAUGAUGCUAUUAAAUAAAGAGUUUCCGCUU